CAUAAAAUGGCUACCUUUUGUAAAAUCAUGGAUUAAUAGCAUAAGUAAUCAAUUACUUAUUGAUGAAUAUAAAAGUUUUUUGCUUAGUUUAUUUGAACUCUACGUACAAAAUGGAUUUGAUUUUGUUAAGAAAAAUUGCAUUUAUACAAUACAUCAGGUAGAUGUGUCCAAAGCAAAAAUGGUUUGUUCUUUAAUUGAAAGUUUAUUUUCUAUGCCUGGUGCCAUGGAAAAAAUUGGAGAAAAACUAAAAGUAAGAAACUUUAUUUGCCAAACAUUUAUCUUCUCCUAUAUCUGGGGAUUAGGAGGCAACAUAAACGAAGAUAGUCGAGAGAAAUUCGAUGUUUACGUCCAAAGCCAAUUUGAUGACUGCGCUGAUGCUAGGUUGCCUCCUGGUCAAGAUUUAUGGUAUAAUUUCAUGGAUACUCAAACUCACAGACUUACAUCUUGGCAGAAAUUAAUGCCAGAAUAUAGUUAUGACAAAAAGGUUCCAUUUUUUGAUAUAUUAGUUCCUACUUUGGACACAGUUAGAUUUGGAUAUAUAAUGGAAAGACUUUUAUAUGUAGGUCAUCCUGUGUUAGUAACAGGAGAUACAGGUGUUGGAAAGACCGCAGUAGCAAAAAAUGUGUUUAAUGGCCUCGAAAAAAGUGGAUUGUUUGUUGCGGUGACAAUGAACUUUUCAGCUCAAACAAGUAGUGUGCGUACUCAAGAAAUCAUCGAGUUGAAACUGGAAAGAAAAAAGAAAACGUUGUUUGGAGCACCGGUCGGAAAAAAAGUGAUUAUAUUUAUAGAUGAUGUAAACAUGCCAAAACUAGAAAUUUAUGGAGCUCAGCCACCGAUUGAGCUUAUUAGAAAACGCUGUUACUGUACUUGGCACCUUGUGGCACUGUAAGCACUGUACUUGAAACUCUAUGGCUCUAAAAAGAAAUCUGGCUGUGUAUAAAAAGCUAUAGUAAAAUUUGGAAAUUAUUGUAAUUUUAUUAAAGAGAAACACAAG